CCAGCUUGCCCCCACCAACCCACCCCACCACCGACACUCUCUCUUCUCCGCUCCUCCUCCGCCGAUCACGCGCUCCGCAUCCGCAUCGCCGGCGACGAUGAGGACGUCGCGUGCGGCGGCGGCGGCGGCAUCUCUGCCGCUGCUGCUGCUGGUGGCGCUACUCGUGGCGGCGGAGGGGAGGAGGCACAAGGACGGCAGCGGCGACGAGGAGGCGAAGGCGUGCGACAAGGGGUGGGAGUGCAGCGGGAGCCGGUUCUGCUGCAACGACACCAUCACCGACUACUUCAAGGCGUACCAGUUCGAGGAGCUCUUCGCCCACCGCAACGACCGCUCGCUCGCCCACGCCGCCGGGUUCUGGGACUACCACGCCUUCAUCACCGCCGCCGCGCUCUUCGAGCCCCGCGGGUUCGGCACCACGGGAGGGAAGGAGGUUGGGAUGAAGGAGGUCGCCGCCUUCCUCGGCCACGUCGGCGCCAAGACCUCCUGUGGAUAUAGUGUCGCAACUGGUGGUCCAUUGGCUUGGGGGCUUUGCUACAACCAUGAAUUGAGCCCAAGCCAAAGCUAUUGUGACAACAGCAACGAAUUGUAUCCUUGUGUUGAAGGAGUCGAGUAUUAUGGUCGAGGCGCUCUUCCUGUUUACUGGAACUACAACUAUGGUAUUAUCGGUCAGGGUAUCAAACAGGAUCUGUUGAACCACCCAGAGUUAUUGGAACAGAAUGCGACCCUAGCAUUUGAAGCAGCAAUCUGGAGGUGGAUGACUCCAAUGAAGAGGAAGCAACCAUCAGCCCAUGAUGUAUUCGUUGGCAACUGGAAACCAACCAAGAAUGACACUUUGUCCAAGAGGUAUCCUGGCUUUGGUGCUACAAUGAACAUCCUGUAUGGCGAUCUCAUCUGUGGUCAAGGCUCCAUCGAUAAGAUGAACGUCAUUGUAUCCCACUACCAACAUUAUCUCGACCUGAUGGGUGUUGGUAGUGACAAAGCUGGAGAUAACUUGGAUUGUGCUGACCAGGUGGCGUUCAAUCCAUCCUCAAAGAAUUUGGACUCCUAAGCAAUCUGUGUUAUAUAGACGGAUAAUUCCCUGUAAAUUUGAGGCACAGACAGCUAGCUUCCCAAACAAAGAAAAGCGUAUACAUGGUACUUUUAAUAGCUCCCAAGUACCACCUGUGUUUGUUUGCGAAAUUUGUAGCCUAUUUAUGUAAGUGUCCACUAUGUUCUCUCAUUUAUAUGUGACAAUACAUAUUACACACUGAAGCAGAUAAUUCACAUUCAAACAUGCAAUGACUGUUGUAAAUAAGCAUAUAAUUUCAUUGCAGUUUGCUUAGAAAGUUCUGUACUACCUGUUUACAUCAACAAACUAUGAUUUUUCUCA